AUGCGCAGGUUCACUUCCAUCAUCCUCACAACACACAACAACAGCGGCGCUAACAGCGCCACAUGCGGAGGACGCUGCGGACCUCAGGACAGUCCCCACACUCACCCUCAGUCCUCACACUCACCCUCAGUCCUCACACUCACCCUCAGUCCUCACACUCACCCUCAGUCCUCCACACUCACCCUCAGUCCUCCACACUCACCCUCAGUCCUCCACACUCACCCUCAGUCCUCCACACUCACCCUCAGUCCUCACACUCACCCUCAGUCCUCCACACUCACCCUCAGUCCUCACACUCACCCUCAGUCCUCCACACUCACCCUCAGUCCUCCACACUCACCCUCAGUCCUCACACUCACCCUCAGUCCUCCACACUCACCCUCAGUCCUCCACACUCACCCUCAGUCCUCCACACUAACCAUGGCAGAACGACCCUGGAGCUGCGUCGUGGUUCCGCAGGGCUGUGGUGUUGUCCGGUCCGUGUGCUCCAUGUGA